GUAUAAGCGGCAUCACUAGUACCUUAGAGUCUACUUCACGUCAGUGCACCAACGCCAAAGCAAAAGGAACACCGUUAACUUCACAGAAGAUGCACCGAACUAUACCAUCUGAUAAAAUUAACCUUCGUUUAAUCCUCGUUAGUGGGAAAACCAAAGAAUUUAUAUUUAACCCAUCAGAUUCUGCUGGCGAUAUUGCACAAACAGUAUUCGAUAAUUGGCCAACUGAUUGGAAGCGCGAAGCUGUUUCAAAGGCUGAAAUUUUACGUUUGAUUUAUCAGGGACGUUUCCUACAUUGCAAUGUAACGUUAGGAGCACUGGGACUUCCAUUAGGCAAAACGACUGUUAUGCAUUUAGUGCCUCGUGAUAAUUUGCCUGAACCCAAUUCGCAAGAUCAAAGACAAAAGAGUAAAGGUGGUUCUGGAAGUUGCUGUUCAACAACGUGCUGCAUUUUGUAACUAAUUUUGUAUAUAAAAUAAAUUACUUAAAUGAAUUAAUGAUAAAAGAAGUUAUACAAAUUAUUAACAUUCAUAAAGUUUUUAGGAAUCAAAACAACAAACUUCGUUUCGUUAGAAACAUUAAUGUAUAUAAAAAUAUAUUUUAUUGAUACACACUAUAAAUGCUGGAAUUUGUAAGCAUUAGCUAAAUGCAAAAUGCUUUUUCUGUUCUACGCUGUAACAGACUGCUUAAAAAAUAAUAGCAUGUAAUAUAUUACAAUACAAUAUACGUUGAGAAAUCUUUACCGUAAUGUUAACUGAAAAAGAAAAAAUCUGUAUGCACUAACUAAGCAAACUAUAAAAAUAAGAUAAUCAAACCAAAUGUACCCAAGUCUUAAAUAUAAUAUGUAUGUAUUUACACCCUUA